GGGGCGGUGCCGGUUCCGCCAUGGCCGCGGUGCCCGUGCGGGGCCGGCGCGGGGCGCUUGGGCCGGGGGGAGCCGGGGAACCGGAAUGUAAGCGAGUGUGCCAGCUGCUGGACACCCUUCCACGGGAGGCUGGUGCCCAGCUCAUGGACUGUGCCAUGGAUCUGCAUUCCAGGCAGAAAUUCCUGCCUGACUCUGCUGCCUGGGCUGCAAAGGCAAAGCAGAAUUCCAUGAUUUUGGAAAAUCAUGGGAGCAAAGGCACUUCCCAGCCCUGCCCAAGAUGUGUUGCUGGAGAAUCUGGUCACUUCAGUCACAUCCUGGGCUUCUAGAAAUGGAGAGGGGGCAGAGGAGCAGCUCUGAUUUCCUGCUGGGAUCCCCAGGGUGCAGCUGGAUCCUGGAUCCUGCCCUGCCUCAGCAUUCCCACCCACGAAUAUCUGCAGUUCCACACCUGCUCAGAAUGUGCUGCUCCUCAGGUAGCUCAGGAUUUGUGUCAAAGGGACAAGGAAGGCUGAUUUCAUGUUUAGGUAACUCAGAAUUCAUUUUAAAAUAAUAAGAAAAGGCUGAUUCCAUGUUUAGAUAACUCAGAAUUUGUCUAAAAAGAACAAGAAAAGGCUGAUUCCAUGUUUAGGUAACUCAGAAUUCAUUUUUAAAGAACAAGAAAAGGCUGAUUCCAUGUUUUAGGUAGCUUAGAAUUAAUUUUAAAAGAAUAAGAAAAGGCUGAUUCCAUGUUUUAGACUGGUGAGGUUGAGCUGCCCCCCCUGGCUCUGGAGAAAUUCCCAUUUCAGUUCCUCUCUGUGGGAAUUGUCCCACCUGGAGCUGCUCCCUGGCACAGCAGCUGCUGCCCUGACUCCUCCUCAGCUCUUCUGAAUUUUAUUCUGAAUAAACCCAGGUGGAGCCCCUCCCAGGCACCUCCUGCCUGGCUGUUCCCCAAAUGGCAAGGCAGACACUGCUGCAGAAAUUUCAGAGUGAACUUUUCCUCUCAGAUGUGAUUCCUUGCUCUGUGUUUUCCAACAGGGCAAGAAAUGCUUUUUUUAAAUCAGUCAGGCUGGAAACAGGUUGGAGUUUAAUUGUCUGCUCCACUGAAGGCUUUUAAUAGUGAUGUUUUUUUAAAUUGUUUGUAAUUUAUUUUGGGGUUUUGCAGCAUCAUAAAGCAGGCACAGGCUGGGGCAGUGAAUAUUCCUUUAAAGCAGAUUUGUGUCAAAUCUGCAGUGGAACCACAGAGUUAUUUUUGUAUGCCUUGUACAACUCUGGAAUUUUGUUUUCUUGAUGAAGAAACAUAUAAAUUUUCUAUUUCCUACUGCUAUUGUACACAGAAUAACCAGAGUGAUGCUUUAUUUACCUGUACAUAGAGAGAAAGGCCCCUGGCCUGUUUUUAAUUCAGGUUUAAAGAUCUAAUUCUUAUUUUUAACUUUGUAUUCUGUAAAUUGUUCCUUAUAAAAGCAGAAGCAUUAAACACCACUUUGGCUUUUG